CAUGAGACCGACCUUGCGCUACCUCCCUUCCCUCGAUGCCUUCCCAUGUGAAUGCCGCCCAAGCCCGGACGAGUUAGCUGGGACACUACGCCUGGUUCAUCGCGCUCGGCCUACAGCCCACUGGACAUCGAGGCUGAGCGCGCGCGUGGGCUGCACCUGCCGGCACCAGUGGCGCACCCCGCCGCCAUCGCGCCCGCCGCCACCCUGCAGCACGCGACUCAGAACCCGUGUUGGAACACGGUGGACCCUGCCGCCUGGUUCGGGCUCGACCCAAACCAGGUCAUGCACGUCAUCCACGCGGCGCUGGUGGCCUGCGGUGCAGCGGAGCAGCACCCAACGCAGCUGACGCCGCCACCGCCACUGCAGCUGCCGCCGCCGCUGCUGAACUAUGAUGUCUUGGCGCUGCCACCCACCGUGGCGUCCCUCUCUAAGUGGCUGCCGUCGCCGCCGCCGGCCGAGGUGCCGCCGCCGGUUGAGGUGUCGCCGCCGCUGCCGCCCGCCUUUGAUCCGGCCGCCCCCUGCUGGCCGCUUCCCACCGAGGAAGACCUGCAGCAGCUGAGCCGCCUGUACAAGGCCUACAAGGCGCCGCCGCCCGGCUUCCCGCCCCUGCUGGCCCAGCCGCUGCAGCCGCUGCAGCUGCUGUCCCAGCUGUACCACCAUCAGACCUGCCAGACCUACCACCACCUGCAGGGGCAGCAGGCGGGCGUGGCGACCAGCAACGUGCAGCAGGACGUGCCGCAGCACUACCCCGUCGCCGCCUACCCCCCUCCCCAGCACCACCAACACCACCAACACCACCACCCUGACCACACCUGCCACCAGCACCACCAGCACACGCCCCGCGGAGAGGCGUACCACCACCACCACCACCAGCAACAGCAGCAGCAACAGCAGCAGCUGGAGCGGCAGUACCAUCAGCACCAGGCCCAGCAGCAGCACGAGAAGCAGCAGCGCUUCGAGGAGGAGCAGCGCCGGAUGCAGCAGCAGCAGCACCAGCAGCAGCACCAGCAGCGGCUUGAGGAGGAGCAGCAGCGCCGCUCGUACCUGCAGCAGCAACAGCAGCAGGCGGCGCACUUCCACGCGCAGCGCCAGGCGCAGCACUACGUGCAGCAGAAGGCACCUCAAGCUGCGGCCAUGUACAACCAGCACCAGCACCAGCACCAGCACUACAACGCCGCCGCCGCCGUCGCCACGGCGUCAUACCAGCAGCACGCCCCUCCCCCUUACCAGCAGCCAGCAGUCAUGCCGCCGCCGGCGGCGGCUGCCGCAUCGCCGCCGCCGCCGUUCAGCUACCGGGAGGCGGCGGGCCCUCAUCACCAGCGGCACGGCGCGCAGCUGUACCGCAACCGGCACGGCCAGUGAGGCAGUGGAUGGAUGGAUGGAUGGAUGGCGAACUGAGAUGAUUCAUUCCGUACAAUCGGGGUUUCGACACGUACACACGCACGCAGUGGUCUCCCGGAGAGAGUUUAGCACCGGCGGCGGCUGUGGCAUCCUGCAGAUCGAGUGGCUGUGACUGUCGGCGGCGGGCAAGGCUGGCCAAGAGCGCGCGCAUGCGCUUUGCACUUACUACGCACGGGGGGCCGCCUGAUGCACACGAGUAGGUGAGUGCGCUCACAGCAGAUAGAGUUCAAACGCAUCACGAAGCCGCGCGCAUCAUGACAUGCGGUGGUAGUUUCGAGACUGUGGGUAGCACGGUUUAAUUGCAGACACUUCAACAAUAUGCAUACGAUCGAGUUAUGGGAGGUGCGGUGGGAUGGCGCGCUUUCACACUACAGGCCACAGGUGGGCUCACAGAGAAGGUGAUGACACAUGCAGACUAUAGAUGAGUCCUGAUCAUGCAUGCGUCGACGUUUUGAGGGCGGGUUUGAGAUUGGAAGCUAUAGAAAGCGAAUGGGCGGGUGUGUUUUAAUAUGCAUGCAUGUGGACGGUGAUAUGUAGGUGUUUGCGUGGCUAGCACCGGCACUUACUUGGCUUAAAGCCGCAAGACUUACUCUCAGGGCAACGUUGUCAAAACGAGUUGAUUAGUGCACGCUCACCGUGUAAGCCCUUGCUGAA